AUGGGCCAGGUUUCUGUAAGUUGGGUGGAGGCGGAGGCCAUUGCCAGUGAGUACAACGCCCAGCAAGAAGCAUACAAGCUGAAGAGUGAGGGUGAUGCUGGAGAUCGUGAUUGUGGUGACAGUGGACUGACUGGCCCCAGGAGUUCCUGCGGUGGUCUUCAGCAGCUGAACAAAUUCUGGGUUGUGCAGGUGGUGGCAAGGGGACAAGAGGAUGAGAAUGUGGAUGGCAAGCAAGUUACAGGACAUUUCAAAGGUCAUGCUCUCCCUGCAACCUUCUUGAUUAUUUUGAGCCUUUGGUGGAGCACAAGGAAUAUUCUGAAAUAUGUCUGUAAAAAGCAAAAGCAGACGUUCUACCUUGGUUCCAAAGCAUUAUUCCAUCGACUAGAACUUUUGGAAGGAACUGUACUAGUUGGCAUGGCUUUAACCGGCAUGGCUGUGCAUCAGUUUAUUCCUGAAGGGGCCCACCUGACCUUAUUUAAAGAGGGCCAGUGGAACCACCUCCUUAACUGGCAUCAUUUCACUAUGUAUUUCUUCUUUGGGCUGGUGGGCGUGGCAGACAUCCUAUGUGUCACCAUCCGUUCACUUCCCUCCUCCUUACCCAAGUUAAUGUUGUCAAAUGCCUUAUUUGUGGAGGCUUUUAUCUUCCACAACCACACUCAUGGCUGGAAAAUGGUGGAAAUCUUUAUGCACCAGCUACUGGGUUUAGUCUUCUUUUUGACAGGCCUGGUGGCCUUCAUGGAGUUCCUCCUGCAGAACAAUGUACUUCUGGAACUUCUGCGUUCAAGCCUUACCAUGCUUCAGGGGAGCUGGUUCUUUCAGAUUGAUUCUGUCCUGUAUUCGCCCAGUUGGGCUCUUGCAUGGAAGCUGAUGGAUAGUGACAACAUUAUGUUUCUCACCAUAUGCUUUUGCUGGCAUUAUGCAGUAAGCUUUAUCAUCAUUGGAGCUAAUUAUGCCUUUGUCACCUGGUUGGUUAAGUCUAAACUAAAGAGUUUCUUCCCCUCAGAAGUGGGACUCCUAAAAAGUGUUGAACAAGAAUCAGAAGAAGACAUGUGAUUUGGAUGAGCAUCCAGUUUUCCUAGAUAAACCUUUUCUUUUUUGUACUGUUGUUCAUGGUUUUGUUUCUUCAUCUUUUGUUUGGAGAACUGGCUAAGGGUAACUCUCAGUGUAGGGUUUGUAUUUCCAAUUUUAUUGAAGUAUUUGAAUUUAAAUGUUUUAUUGUUAGCUCUGAAAAUACGUUGGGUGAUAAGUUCAUUUUGCACAUCAUACAUAACAUAUUAUUCAGGGGCUAGAGGGAGUUUUUCCAGGUCAUCUACAUUUGA